AAUUCUGCAUGCUCGGUACGUUGAAUAGUUUCACUUUCAAGCAAUAACGCAACGAACAGGAUCAAAUCUAGUGACUGUGUAGCAAUGGCGAUGUCACCGGCGAUUGUAAUCGCAGUAAUGGCGCUAUGUCUUGGUGUGGCGAGUGGCAAGUCCUCGUACCGCACUAACUUUUCUCCACUAAACAGGUAUCAUCCAGCCCGCGGGUCGCCAUUUAACCACAACCAAGGGUCUGUGCUCUUUCCAAACGUAAAUUCUGCCAAUACUGAGCGUUGCUUCGUCGCUGGGGGCAGAGGAAACGGGGGCUAUGGCGGGGGAGGAAACGGCGGCUAUGGCGGAGGAGGACACGGCGGAUACGGCGGAGGAGGAAACGGGGGCUAUGGCGGAGGACGCGGGGGCUAUGGCGGAGGAGGACACGGCGGUUACGGCAGGGGAGGACAUGGUGGUGGUUACGGCAACACACAGCUUGGACCGCUUAACCGCUAUCACUCCGUCAAGAACUCACCGUAUAACUACAACCCCGGCAGUAUAUUCCUACCAACGUUGACGAGUGCCAACACGCGUCUGAGAAUCAUUUACGAUGCACACGGCCAGGCAACCUAUGUGUACUGUGUCACGGGUACUUAAGUAUCCAGACACGUGUUGGUGAUAGCUAGUACUGCAUCGAUGAAGAAUAUCGUGACCCAGAAGAGGUAAUGACAAAAUCAACAUGUGAAGAAAAAUCUGUUCGUCUGUCGUCAAUAUACGCCUCACUGACGAGGCACACAGAAGUCUUACAUAGUUCCAUAUAUGAAUUAUACAACAUUUUCAUUAAUCGUACGGGCCGAUAUAUAGGCGCGUGACUAAUGUAUUAAAAACUUGUAUGAUUAUGAAAAAUAACGUUAACCACACAUAACGUUUAAUUUGUGUUAGUUGAUUUAAUACAUAAAUAAUGACAAGAAUCACAGUAUUUGCUAAUAUUGAGCAUCUGAUAACGCGUACGACAGUGGCAUAAUAUAAUAUAAUGGCUCAUGUCUAUGGAUUUUCAUACGUUAUUAUAUAUAACUAUAUUUGCAAUUAAACUUCUAGUUGAAUUACAUUAAGUUUGUUAAUUGUGCAUUUAUAUAUACUGCCUUGCCGGAUAUAUAACUUUUACACUUGUUACGUUUUAUUAUGAUAAUAAAUGAAUAAUGACGCUUA